UUUCCUACUAACCCGGAAGGGGAUUUCCGGAAGCGAAGGUCCUGCUCUGCUUUGCCUCCUAUUGGUGAGACUGUGUAUGAGUGAAAACCCAGAAGACACUUGACAACCGAGCUACUAAGAAUGGACUCACAAGAGUCAGUGACCUUUGAGGAUGUAGCUGUAGACUUCACUCAGGAAGAGUGGACCCUGCUGGACAGGUCCCAGAGAAAACUCUUCAGAGAUGUGAUGCUGGAGAACAUCAGUCACCUGGUCUCAAUUGGCAGACAACUCUACAAAUCAGAUACAAUUUCCCACUUGGAACCAGGAGAGCACCUUUCAAAAGAAGGGAGAGGUUUGCUGCAAUGCCGGAGUCUAGAUAGGGAAGAUGAUCUUAAAAAACAAGAAAUGAUAUUCGUGCAACAUAUCUGCAAGAAGGACACAACAUUAAUCAGUGCAAUGCAGAGAUCUCACACUCAAGAGGAUACUUUUGAAUACAAUGAUUUCGGAGAAAAUUUUACUGAAAUACUAACAUGGACUCAAUAUGUGGUACCUAAAAUGGGAAAGAAUCCCUAUAUCAGCAAAGAAUGUGGAAAAGACAGCGGUUAUUUGACAUCUUUUAAUACACAUAAGCAGAGUCACACUACAAGUAAAUCAUACGAAUGUCAUCAACGUGGGAAUGCCUUUAUUCAAAGCUCUGCCCGUAGACAAACCAAUAAUACUCAAAAUGGAGAGAAAACAUUUGAAUGUCAUGAAUGUGGGAAAGCCUUCGGAAAAAGUUCCAACCUUAGGCGACAUGAGAUGAUUCACACUGGAGUGAAACCACAUGGAUGCCAUCUGUGUGGGAAAGCCUUCACUCAUUGCUCUGACCUUAGGAAGCAUGAGAGAACGCACACGGGAGAGAAAUCAUAUGGAUGCCAUCUAUGUGGGAAAGCCUUCAGUAAGAGUUAUAACCUUAGGCGACACGAGAUGAUUCACACCAGGAAAAAACCCCAUGGAUGCCAUCUAUGUGGGAAAGCCUUCACCCACUGUUCUGACCUUAACAAACAUGAAAGAACUCACUUUGGAGAGAAACCAUAUGGGUGCCAUCUAUGCGGGAAGACAUUCAGUAAAACUUCUUACCUUAGACAACAUGAGCGAACUCAUAAUGGAGAGAAACCAUAUGAGUGUCAUCUGUGUGGGAAGGCGUUCACUCACUGUUCUCACCUGAGAAAACAUGAGAGAACUCACACUGGAGAGAAACCAUACGAAUGUCAUCUGUGUGGGAAAGCUUUCACUGAAUCUUCUGUCCUUAGACGACACGAGAGAACCCACACUGGAGAGAAACCGUAUGAAUGUCAUCUCUGUUGGAAAGCCUUUACUGAUUCUUCUGUCCUUAAACGACAUGAGAGAACUCACACUGGAGAGAAACCGUAUGAAUGUCACCUAUGUGGGAAAGCUUUCAAUCACUCUUCUGUCCUUAGACGACAUGAGAGAACCCAUACCGGUGAGAAACCAUAUGAAUGCAAUGUAUGUGGCAAAGCCUUCAAUAGAAGCUAUAACUUCAGACUGCAUAAGAGAAUCCACACUGGAGAGAAACCAUAUAAAUGUUUUGUAUGCGGGAAAGCCUUCAGUAAAUAUUUUAACCUUAGACAACACGAGAAAAUACAUGUUAAGGUAAUAAAUGUGGAAGACUCACCACCUAUAGCUUCAAACUACAAACACUCUUGAGGGCUCAAAUACUCAAGAAACACCAUAUUUAUAAUCAUUGUGGGAGAGCAUUUAUUCAUCCUUAUUACUUCAUUCAACUGAAGGUAAUCCAAAGUGGAGAGAAUCCGUAUGUGGGUCAUCUAUAUGACAAAACCUUUAGAUAAUGGACUGACAUGGAAGGAUGUAAAUGAAGUGAGUGAGGAAGAAUUUUCAUCCACAGUUCCGUCAAACAAAAUGGAGAAGUUACAUGUCAGAGAAAAUAUGUCUGUAAUCAGUGCAGAAAUACUUUGAUUUAUCCUUUUGUGCAGGGGAGUCUAGAUCUGUAAUCACUAUGCACUCAUUCAAUUUAGCAACUCAUUUGGCAUGCAGAAGAAAUCUGCUAAAACAAGAAGUAACUGGGGAAAAAAAUCAUUACUAGGAAGACAAGAGAAUUUUGUUGCCAAAGGGUUGUGUUCAGUGAGAACUAGGACAUGAAAGAGACUGAGGAUAUUUGGAGUAUCCUAUUUCCAGGAUGCCUGACACACUCACGCUAACAUCUGUAGUGACAAAGCACUGCCUUAGCAGCAAAAACCACAGUUUGGCACAGCUGAAAGCUGAAGCAGACAAUCCAACUUUGCCCAUAUCCCUGACACACCAGCCACGAAUGCAUGUACCACCCAAGUGAGGAGACCUGUGUGUCCCAGUUCCCCCCACAGGCAAAUGCAGAAAGCCAGGAGACCAGCUUACAGGCCAAGUCAUUGGUCCUCACUCACUUGAGUGUGACUGGUCCUCAUUCACACGUGGCAAGAAAGAGAAUGCAGAUGCUUAUAAUUAAUUUAUAACAUUAUGAGUGAGUAUGCAAUGCCCUUGUCAAUCCCCACUUUAUCUCUGCCCUUUGGUUUGAAGAUAUUAUUGAUGUGUCCUCACACUAAUUUGUUUUCUAUGUGUAAAGUCUUAAACUCACCCAUUAAUGUCACCAAUAGGACAUAGUUUCCCAAACCUAGAACUAUUGAAUUUCUCCAUCUUCUCAUGUUUCUUAUAACUUCUAUUUUGUGUAGUAAUAUUAUAAAUUUUCCUCCUAACUCCAAUCUAAAGAUAGA